AUGAGGAGCAGGAGCAAUUCCGGGGUCCGCUUAGACGGAUACGCGCGGCUGGUGCAGCAGACAAUCCUGUGUUACCAGAAUCCUGUCACGGGGCUGCUGUCAGCCAGUCAUGAGCAGAAGGACGCCUGGGUGCGGGAUAACAUCUACAGCAUCCUGGCCGUGUGGGGCCUGGGUAUGGCCUACCGCAAGAAUGCUGACCGCGAUGAGGACAAAGCCAAGGCCUACGAGUUGGAGCAGAACGUGGUGAAACUGAUGCGGGGUCUUCUCCAGUGCAUGAUGAGACAGGUGAAUAAAGUGGAGAGGUUCAAGCACACUCAGAGUACCAAGGACAGCCUGCAUGCCAAGUACGACACCGCCACCUGCAGCACCGUGGUGGGCGACGACCAGUGGGGCCACCUCCAGGUGGAUGCCACCUCCCUCUUCCUCCUGUUUCUGGCCCAGAUGACUGCCUCCGGCUUACGUAUUAUUUUCACUCUUGACGAGGUGGCCUUCAUACAGAAUCUUGUUUUUUAUAUAGAAGCUGCAUAUAAAGUCGCUGAUUAUGGAAUGUGGGAACGUGGAGAUAAGACCAAUCAGGGCAUUCCAGAACUGAAUGCAAGCUCUGUAGGAAUGGCCAAGGCAGCCCUAGAGGCAAUUGACGAACUGGACCUUUUUGGAGCCCAUGGAGGUCGCAAGUCCGUGAUCCAUGUUCUGCCCGAUGAGGUCGAACACUGCCAGUCUAUUCUGUUCUCCAUGCUGCCAAGAGCAUCGACAUCUAAAGAGAUUGAUGCUGGGCUUCUUUCCAUUAUUUCUUUCCCGGCCUUUGCAGUGGAAGAUGUGAACCUUGUGAAUGUGACCAAAAAUGAAAUUAUUUCCAAGCUCCAGGGGCGUUAUGGAUGCUGUCGCUUCCUUCGAGAUGGUUAUAAAACCCCAAGAGAGGACCCAAACCGAUUGCAUUAUGACCCUGCUGAACUCAAGCUCUUUGAAAACAUUGAAUGUGAAUGGCCUGUGUUCUGGACUUAUUUCAUAAUAGAUGGGGUCUUCAACGGUGAUGCUGUUCAGGUCCAAGAAUACCGAGAGGCCCUGGAGGGAAUAUUAAUCAGAGGCAAGAACGGGAUCCACCUGAUGCCUGAACUCUACGCCGUCCCGCCUAACAAGGUAGAUGAAGAGUAUAAGAAUCCUCACACGGUGGACAGAGUUCCUCUGGGGAAGGUGCCCCAUCUGUGGGGUCAGUCCUUGUACAUCCUCAGCUCCCUGUUGGCAGAGGGAUUCCUUGCCACUGGUGAAAUUGAUCCCUUAAAUAGAAGAUUUUCCACUUCCGUCAAACCUGAUGUCGUAGUACAAGUGACUGUUCUGGCAGAAAACAAGCACAUUAAGGAGCUGCUGAGGAAACAUGGGGUGAGCAUGCAGAGUAUUGCAGACAUUCAUCCAGUCCGAGUCCAGCCAGGCCGGAUUCUUAGUCACAUAUAUGCCAAGCUUGGGCGGAAUAAGAAUAUGAAAUUGAGUGGGCGACCAUAUCGGCACAUUGGAGUCCUUGGAACAUCUAAAUUAUAUGUGAUUAGGAACCAAAUCUUCACUUUCACACCCCAGUUCACUGACCAGCAUCACUUCUACCUGGCCCUGGACAAUGAGAUGAUCGUGGAGAUGCUGAGGAUCGAGCUAGCCUACCUGUGCACCUGCUGGCGGAUGACGGGCAGACCCACGCUCACCUUCCCUAUCACCCAUACCAUGCUCACAAACGAUGGCUCAGAUAUUCAUUCUGCUGUUCUUUCUACAAUUCGAAAACUAGAGGAUGGAUAUUUUGGAGGAGCUAGAGUAAAAUUAGGGAGUCUUUCGGAAUUUCUCACCACCUCUUUCUACACGUAUCUGACCUUCCUGGAUCCAGACUGUGAUGAGAAGUUGUUUGACGAUACCAGUGAAGGGAGCUUCAGUCCUGAUAGUGAUUCAGAUUUGGGAGGAUAUUUCGAAGACACCUAUAAUCAAGAAAGCCAGGAUGAACUUGACCAGUAUAUCAACCACCUCCUGCAAAGCACAUCCUCGAAGUGCUAUCUGCCACCUCUUUGUAAGAAGACAGAGGACAGCCAUGUUUUCAGUGCCAUCUACUCCACUCAGGAUAUACUUUCCGUGAUGGCAAAAGCAAAGGGUUUGGAAAUUCCAUUUGUUCCCAUGGCUUUGCCAACUAAAGUUCUAAGUGCCCACCGUAAAUCGCUGAAUCUUGUUGAUUCUCCUCAGCCACUCCUAAAAAAGGCCCCCAAAGAUGACUUCCAGUUUCCCAGAGAUGACCACGGCAACAUAGACUGUGAGAAGCUGGCUGAGCAGCUGAAAGACUGUUCGAACCUACAGGACCAAGCGGACAUUCUGUACAUUCUGUAUGUAAUAAAGGGUCCCAGCUGGGACACAAAUCUCUCUGGACAGCACGGGGUCACUGUUCACAACCUCCUCAGCGAGCUCUAUGGAAAAGCCGGCUUGAACCAGGAGUGGGGUCUGAUCCGCUACAUCUCUGGCCUACUCAAGAAGAAAGUGGAAGUCCUGGCUGAGGCCUGCACGGACCUGCUGUCGCACCAGAAGCAGCUCACGGUGGGCCUGCCGCCAGAACCCCGGGAGAAGACCAUCUCUGCGCCUCUUCCCCCCGAGGAGCUCACAGAACUCAUCUACGAAGCCAGCGGGCAGGACAUCAGCAUCGCCGUCCUCACACAGGAGAUUGUGGUUUACCUGGCAAUGUAUGUCAGGGCACAGCCCAGCCUCUUCGUGGAGAUGCUCAGACUCCGGAUUGGACUCAUCAUUCAGGUGAUGGCCACGGAGCUGGCGCGGAGCCUGAACUGUUCAGGAGAAGAAGCUUCUGAAAGUCUGAUGAACCUCAGCCCUUUCGAUAUGAAAAAUCUCCUACACCAUAUUUUAAGUGGAAAAGAGUUUGGUGUUGAAAGAAGCGUGCGGCCUAUCCAUUCCUCCACAUCCAGCCCUGCCAUCUCCAUCCAUGAGGUGGGACAUACUGGAGUCACCAAAACCGAGAGGAGUGGCAUCAACAGGCUGAGGAGUGAGAUGAAACAGAUGACUAGGCGAGUUAGUGCUGAUGAACAGCUCUUUUCUGUGAGCCAGGCCCCAUCCGGCAGCGCACACUCCUCCAAGUCUGUGAGGUCCAGCACCCCAUCCUCACCCACGGGCACGUCAUCGUCAGACUCAGGUGGGCAUCACAUCGGCUGGGGGGAGCGGCAGGGCCAGUGGCUGCGCAGGAGAAGGCUGGACGGGGCCAUCAACAGGGUCCCCGUGGGAUUUUACCAGAAGGUGUGGAAGAUCCUUCAGAAGUGUCACGGUCUGUCCAUCGACGGUUAUGUGCUCCCAUCCUCAACGACGCGAGAGAUGACCCCACAGGAGAUCAAGUUUGCUGUCCACGUUGAGUCGGUGCUGAACCGAUCGGUGCUCACCCGAGUGCCGCAGCCUGAGUACCGGCAGCUGCUGGUGGAGGCCAUCAUGGUGCUGACGCUGCUCUCGGACACGGAGAUGAACAGCAUUGGGGGCAUCAUCCAUGUGGACCAGAUCGUGCACAUGGCCAACCAGCUGUUCCUGCAGGACCAGAUGUCGAUCGGUGCCACGGACACACUGGAGAAGGACCAAGCCACGGGCAUUUGCCACUUCUUUUACGACAGUGCUCCCAGCGGGGCUUAUGGGACAAUGACCUACCUAACCAAGGCGGUGGCUUCUCAUUUGCAGGAACUGCUGCCCAAUUCAGGCUGCCAGAUGCAAUAG